CCGCUCGCUUUCUCCCCCCGUGCGCUUUUGCCUCCGUCUCCGGGUCUCCGAGAUGGCUGACUCCUAAUCCGCCUUCACCGCCACCGCUUCCGCCUCAGCCAGCCGCUUCCACCGCCUCCCCCGAAACUUCAAACGCGCCAGCACGCGGGAGGCCACCGCUGGGAGCUAGCUAGGGUUCCGUUCCUCCGACUCCGGGAUGGGUUACCUCCUCCUCUCGCCGUCGCCGCCGCUCGCCUUCCAGUACCCCUGCUCCUCCUCCUCCUCCGGCGGCGCGGCCUGCCGCCGCCGCCUCCACGCGCGGCGGGGCGCGGCCUCCGUCGUCGCGUCGUCCGCCUCGACGCCCGAUGGCGGCCCGUCUCCUUCGUCGUCGUCCGCGUCGGCGGACGCGUACGUGCUGGCGCGGCGAGUGGUGCUCCUCGGCGCCUCCGCCGUACCGCUCCUCCGCCUCCGCGAAGCUGCGGCCGCGCCCACGACUGUUUAUGGCAUGUCAUUAUCCGAAGGGUUUAUUAGAAGAAAGGGGAUUGAUGCCCCAAGGGUAGAUCGUGAAGCUGUGAAUUGCUACAAAACGCUCAAGAUUGGACGUAAUUCCAUCAUCUGUAGACCUAAGGAGGAUAAGUUUGAUGAGACAAAGGAUGUCUCAAAGCUUGAUGACCCUCCAUCUGAAGGGGAGAAGGGUAUUCCAAAGCCUGACAACACUCAACUUGAAGGAUCUCAGGCUGAAACUACUACUAAUGAAGCUCGUCAGCUUGAAUCAUCCUUACAAUCUGUGCAAGAACAGCCUCUAGGGAAUCCACUGCUUGGCUUUUUGGGUACAGUUGGAGUCGCUGCCUCUGGUGUUCUUGGUGGGCUGUAUGGCACUUCUCUACAAGAACAAAAGGCCCUGCAAUCGAUCAUCUCCUCUACGGAGAGCAAAUUGGCUGAAAAUGAGGCAGCACUUUCUUUGAUGAGGGAAAACUAUGAAAAAAGGUUACUGGAGCAGCAAGCAGCGCAAAAGAAGCAAUCUUUGAAGUUCCAGGAGCAGGAAGCUUCUCUUUCAGAUCAGUUGGCUUCAUCAAAAAAGGCUUUGACAUCCCUCAGUGAAGAAUUCAGAAAGGAGAAGAAACUAGCUGAGGAACUUAGGGAUGAAAUACAGAGAUUAGAGAGUAUUAUCAGGCAAGCUGGGGAUGAUAAAGAUGCGCUUGAAAGUAGAUUGGAAGAAAAGCAGGGAGAGAUUAAUUCUUUGCAGGAAAAAAUAAGUUUGCUCAGCCAAGAAAUUGAUGAUAAAAAGAAGCACAUCAGGGAACUUAGUGCAUCACUUUCCUCGAAGGAAGUUGACUACCAAAAGCUGUCCGCUUUCACUAAUGAAACUAAAAUGAGCCUUGAGCUUGCAAAUUCUAAAAUACAGCAACUUGAGGAAGAGCUCGAUAGAAGUAAGAAUGCUCUUGCUUCUAAGAUAUCUUUGAUUGAUUCACUCAAUGCUAAACUUGAAACAUUGAAUUCUGAAAAGGAAGAAGCUGACAAAAAAAUUAACGAGUUAAUACAAGAGUAUACAGACCUGAAGGCUGCUUCAGAGACAAGAGCAAGUCAUGCUUCCAAGCUACUAUCAGAUAGAGAUGAUCAGAUAAAACAGCUUGAAGAAAAAUUGUCUGUUGCUUUAACAGACUCUAGCAAAGAUCAUGAAACAAUUCUUGAGUUGAACAAGGAGUUGGAUGCCACCAAAGCAAUGCUAGAGAGUGAACUUGUGGCCACAGAAACUUUAAAAGAAUCGAUACAAUCAUCUGAAGAGGCUCUAAAGGAUUCCAGAAAUGAGGCUUCCAAGCUUUCCAAGGAACUUGAGGAGGCAAAUAAAUUGAAUCAGGACCUGGUGUCACAGAUUUCUGAACUCCAAGAUGAGUUGAAUGCAACUCAAGAAGGACUGACUAUUAAACUAGGAGACGCAGAAUCAGUAACUAAAGCUCUCUCAGAGGAACUGGCCUCAGUAAAGGAAAUGGUUCAAAAGGGACAAGAAGAACUUGAAACCACCUCUAAUGAGCUGGCAUCUGUUGCUGAAGCUCGUGACAACUUAAAAAAAGAAUUGCUGGAUGUGUACAAGAAUUUGGAGUCCACCACGCAUGAGCUUGUUGAGGAAAGGAAAAUUGUGACAACCUUGAAUAGGGAGCUCGAAGCGUUGGCGAAACAAUUGCAGGUAGAUUCUGAAGCACGAAAAGCACUUGAAGCAGAUCUGGAUGAGGCAACGAAGUCACUAGAUGAGAUGAACAAUAGUGCAUUGUCACUGUCUAAAGAACUAGAGAGCACUCAUUCUAGGAAUGACACUCUUGAAGCUGAGAAAGAAAUGCUAUCCAAGGCUCUCGCUGAACAAAUGAAAAUCACAACAGAAGCUCAGGAAAACACUGAAGAUGCUCAGAAUCUGAUCACAAGGCUUCAGACAGAGAAGGAGAGCUUUGAAUUGAGAUCUAGACAUCUUGAAGAGGAAUUGGCAUUAGCGAAGGGUGAGAUACUGCGCCUAAGGAGGCAGAUUAGUACAAACAGGUCCCAGACACCAAGAACAUCUGCCAGACCAAGAGCACCACCGGAGGCUAAUGAGAUCCUGAAGGAGCAAGCUGUGAAUGAUCAUAAUCAGAAUACCAGUGGAGUAGUUGCUGGAACUCCACCAUCUGUGAAAAGGACUGUAAGGAGAAGAAAAGGUGGCGCAUCAACAUGAGUGUUGGAAGCCCAAGCAAGGGCCAUUUUUUUUCCCAUGCGUUCCUCUUUAGUAGUCUGUUAUUACUUCAUUUUUUAAAUCAUAAUCCUUUGCAAAAUAGCAUCAAUAGUUAUUCCAGUGUUAUUACAUUUGCCUUUUGUAGUAUUUCAGUUACUUGAUGUAUUUUGUUCAAGCUUCUGGGAAACUGAGGGCCUGUAUGUGUAUAGAUGAGUUACUGAACAGCCAACAUAAUGAAUUCCAGUAUCUGUAGUUAUGCUGAGUGCUUCAUACA